UGGAGGAGCUAUAUAUAUACAUGAAAAAAACUAAACAAUUCUAUCUAUAUAGUAUAUAUGGACUGCUUACAGAUGGUGUUCAAGUUAUUGCCAAACUGGAAACGUGAGGCAGAAGUUAAAAAGCUCGGUUACAAGGUUCAUGGCGAUCCUUUCUCCACCAACACAAGGCGUGUCCUCGCUGUUCUCCAUGAGAAAGGACUCUCUUACGAGCCCAUUACCGUCAAACUGCAAACCGAUGAACACAAAAGGGAACCUUUCCUCUCUCUCAAUCCAUUUGGUCAAGUCCCUGUUUUUGAAGAUGGAAAUGUUAAGCUGUAUGAAUCCCGAGCCAUCACACAAUACAUUGCAUAUGUUCAUAGCUCAAGAGGCACACAGCUUCUGAAUCUUAGAAGUCACGAGACAAUGGCAACUCUAACAAUGUGGAUGGAAAUCGAAGCUCAUCAGUUCGAUCCACCCGCAUCAAAACUCACUUGGGAACAAGUCAUUAAGCCUAUCUACGGUCUAGAGACUGACCAAACAAUCGUCAAAGAGAACGAGGCUAUUCUAGAGAAAGUUCUAAAUGUCUACGAGAAACGACUCGAAGAAUCUAGAUUCUUGGCUUGUAAUAGCUUUACUUUGGUUGAUCUUCAUCACCUGCCAAACAUACAAUACCUUUUGGGAACUCCAACAAAGAUACUGUUCGAAAAACGAACCAAAGUGCGUAAGUGGGUGGAUGAGAUUACGAGUAGAGAGGCUUGGAAGAUGGCCUGUGAUCAAGAGAAAUCUUGGUCUAAUAAGCAAAGGAACUAAAUGAAAGCAGAAGUAAACUUUAUGUGUGAAUGAAUGUGUUUGUGUGUUGAGUUUGGGUCUUUGUUCGUAAGCUUGUGUGUUGUUUGUUGCUUGGUGAAUCUUAUAAGAUGCUUUGUGUUUGAUUAAUAUAUGUUUGAUAUAAAUAAAUAUUAUUUAAACUAA